CUCAACUUGUGAGAGAGAGAGAGAGAAAACUAGGGCUAUAUAGAUCUGAAGGCGUACAUAGCACCUUGAAGACUCUUCUCAUCUCCUUCAAUCACACUUUGAACACAAACCCAUCUUCAAUGGAGUCGGCGACGUCGCAGUCUCAUCCGUUCCCAGGUGUUUUUACUGGAAAAAACACAUUUGCUUUGGUGGCUCGUGUUUCCGCCUUUUCUCUUGGACUUGUUUAUGGAACCAUGAAACUCAAGUAUCUCAAGGCAAAGGCCAAUUCUCAUAGGAAAGCUGAAGCCAAGGCACAUCACUGAAGAAGUGAGGCUCUGUUUUAAAUUUGUGAUAGAAAUAAUGCAUGAUUAUAGAUUUUUAAUGGUGUUUUAUCUUGAUUUGGAGUAUUUGGGGGCCAUGGUUAUCUGCUUAUAGCUCUGCAAUAUUUUUGAGAAUUGUUUCUCUCUUCUGACCUUAGCCAUUGCAAUGGAAUUUCUGUUUUCAUUGCUUUGUGAACAAAAUGGGGAAUUGGGAUGAUUAUAUCUCCCUUUAUUUGAUUGUUCAGUAUUUUGAUCGACUUUGACUAAA